AUGUCUGCAUAUUUCUUGAUAACACUGCUCUCUUUGCUACCGUCCCUUGUGUCCACCCUCAGAUGUCAUCAAAUCUCCACCGCUAAUCUGUCAAAUCCACCAGAGACACAAGCUACGGAAUGUAUUGCUGGAAGUUUAGCCUGCACUAAGUUAGUUGACUACACAGCAAAAACAUUUUCAAAGCAAUGUCAGCAGUUUAAUUGCACGGCCGGCUCUUUAAUGAACGCUCCAGCUCAAUGCACAAACACUUCACAGUUGGGUAGAGAGACUCUUAGCUGUUGCUGUUAUGGAGAUGGGUGCAACUCAGCGCCAACGAGCUGGAUGUGGACAACAUUUGGCACCAUGACAUUCUUCAUCUUCGGCAAGGCAUUAAUCCUGUAG